UGUAAUAUAUACCCUUUAUCUUGAACACUUCACAGUAAACAUACAAGAUAUGACGGGAAGAUCGCGAGUUGUUAUUCAUAAUCACAAAUAAAUAACAUUUUUAAUGUGAAUGUUUUGGACAAUUUCAAAAUGAGAAUCGAAAUAGUGAAAGGAGCUGUCGCCGAGAUGAAGGCAGACGUUAUUGUCAACAGCUGCAAUCAGGCAUUAAUGUUAACACAUGGUGGUUUAACAAAGUCAUUUGCCAGAGCAGCAGGCCCUGGUCUACAGACGGAAUGUUCAAAGACAUACCCGAAUGGAAUUUGUUUCGGAGAUAUAGCAGUAACAGGAGGUCACAGGUUGAAUUGCAAGGCUGUCUACCACGUGGCUUUGCCACCCUGGGAUUCAGAGUUCGUUGACGCUAUGGAGAUCCUGUGUCUCACUGUAUGUGCUUGUCUAAAUCGCGCGCAUGGGGAUGGCAUGACUUCUAUAGCUUUUCCCGCCCUAGGUUGUGGUUUCCUGGGCUAUCCAUACGAUCGGGUUGCACGUGCAAUGCACGACUGUUUUGCUUCAUUUGAGAAAGAAACGACGUCUACCAAAUUAGAGCGUACGUUUGUCGUAAUCUGGCCCAAAGGGGCUGAAUGGAAACACAUUAAACAGGCGUUUGAGCAAGAAUUAAGUACAGACCGUAAAACAGUUCUUCCAGAAAGUAACCAGGACUUGAAACAAUCAUUGGUGCAAAGGAAAGGUGCAAUACAAGAUUUCUUAUCUACCUGUGUCCGGGAAACAAACAGAAAUUCAUGCAAAAAGGUUUUGGGUUGUGGUCAUAUAUGUGUGGGCUAUAGGAACGAACCAGCUUGCCCUCCGUGUAUACAGCCAGAAUGUGCCAGCAGCGACCAACACCAGACGUCACAGGAUGAUUGCAUUAUCUGCUACACCGAUCAUCUUGCUGCAGCGCCGGUUGUCAUGCUCAAAUGUGGACAUUUAUUUCACCUACAUUGUGUGAAGAGAAUAUUACAGAAUAGAUGGGUUGGUUCGAAAAUUAAUUUUAACUUUACUAAGUGUCCCAUAUGUAAGGAAUCCAUCGAGCACAGAGAGCUACAAGCUUUGCUGCUUCCAUUAAAAGCUCUUCAAGACGACGUGAAGCACAAAGCUAUAUUGAGAUUACGUUACGACGGCCUGGAGAGAUGUAAAGAAAUUACAGAUCGGGGUAGCAAAUAUUUCCAAAAGCCUGGAGACUUUGCUAUGGACAGAUACAAAUAUUUUCUCUGUUUUAAGUGCAAAAAGGCUUAUUUUGGUGGUACUACCCGAACUGAAUGUGGAGCGGAGGAUGAUCAGUUUCAACCAGAAAACUUGAUUUGUCCAGACUGUCGUGGCUAUAGAAGACUGAGGCAGUUACCAGAUGCAGCCGUUGCGAAGGCGGUACAUUCAAAGGAAAAUGUUCAAGCACAGAAAGUUAUCCAAGAAACAACCAAGGCCUGUCCUCACUGUGGAGCGCAUACAGAGAAAAAUGGUGGAUGCAUGCACAUGACCUGCAUAAAAUGUAAGAUGGACUGGUGCUGGCUUUGUGAGAAACACUGGGAACUUAAAUGUCAGAGAACACAUUGGUUUGGAUAGUUGAUAGUAUGAGAAUAACGAAUAUAAGAAUGAUGUAUGCAGCUACGUGAAAAAGUGUGCCACCAAAGUUUACCAUUAUUUUAUAUCAAUUGGUUGUUAAUAUCUUGCCAUCUGUUUACGUCUUAGCCCUGUAUUUACACAAACUUUGCAAUUUCGCAAAUCUGAUCUAAACAGAAUAGAAAAGAACAAUCGUAUUUCAUAUAUGUAACACCUUAUUAGGGGACACUGUAUCAGUACUAAAAGCAAUUUCAAUGUGUUGAAAAUAUCCUGUAUAUAAACAAACAGUUGCGUACUGAAUUGCCAUCUUGUCGUUUGGAAUUUCAAUAUUUUCAGCCCGUGGGAAAAUUGUUAUUUCCGUAUAACAUCUGUGAACGCUUGAACUGUAUUCUGUGUAUAAGUAAACUAAACUACUAAACUGAUGAUGCUUCUUCCCCAUAUAUUUGACACGAAAUGAACAAAUUACCAACGUAGGAAAAAUGAUUGUUCAAAAUUAAUGGUACAACUUACACAUUUUUCAGUGUAUCAAGGAUAAUGAGUUUAUGUAUAUAUAACAUUAGUGAACAGUUUUUUUUAUCAAUGAUGUAAAAUACCCGUAUUCUUUUCCUCUAAGCGAGAUACUGACAAUUUUCAAGGAUCGGUCAAGAAUAGCUUCAGAUGUUUUAGCCAAAGUGUCACAAUGUCAUGCACAUUCACCACGUGUUCAAUCUCUGCAGUGGUAGCUGUGUACUCCCCAUAUUGCACUACACAAUGUUUCUUCGUCAUGUCAAGGACAAAGUGUCGCAAACGCUUCCUUGUCAGUUAAUACCGUCUAUAUGAGUGCAUAAUAUUUGUUGUCACACACGCAAAUAUAGACUUUUGUGGUGGAAAAGGAACGCAAGGAGUCUCUACUGACAUUAUUUCAGGAACGCACAAUAAUCUUGAGAGAUGCACCUUGCUCCUGCUCAUUUGCUUGAUACUAGUGUUUCGACAACUGAUGAAACUUGCCUCUGAGAGGUUUAAUAUUCCACAGAGAAGCCUCCUUGGUUAUGUAUCGUGCCUGGCGUGAAGCAUCUGUACACAGGACUAUUAUACAAAUGUUUGUAAUUUUUGGUAGGAGGAGCGGUUCCUGGUUUCGUUCUCAGACAGUUUUACCACCGGACAACUGCGUCAUCGUUAUCAAAUCUUUAGAAGAUCCUUAUAGAAGGUAUUCCAAAAGAAACUGACUGCAUUAAAUGAAAGCCCAUGUAACAAUACUCCAAACAAACCGUUUAGGAAAAUAGUUUGUCGAUGGAAUGGAUAUAACAGCAAAAAUAGCA